UCAAAAUCGCAAAACCAUAUCCUUUCCUUCCCGUGGCACGGCCACUUCGCCUUCGCCUUCCCUUUCCCAAACCCUUCUAGAGCCUUCUAGAACUCCCUCCCCCUCCCUCGUCCGGAGAAGCGGCGAGAUGUACGGACUCCUGACCUCCCCCAGCGCGCGGGCCCCGCUCCUCGGCGACUUCUCGAGCCCAUCCGCCCGCGCCCUCCCGAGAACCCUAGCCUUCCCCGCGCGCCCCCUCCCCCUUGGCCUCCGUGCGUCCCCGCCGCGCGCCACCGCGGAGGCGUCAGCGGCGGCGUCGGCGCUGGGCGGGCUGCUGGCGUCCCCGCUCUCGAUGCUGGAGGCCGGCCUGCGGAGCGUCAACCUCGCUCCGCUGCGGGCGCCCGUGGCGGCGGCGAUGUCGGCGGCGGUGCGGUGGCUCGGGGUAUACCGGGAGGUGCUUCUCGUCGGCGUGCUGCUCUCCUGGUUCCCCAACAUCCCCUGGGACCGCCAGCCCUUCUCUGCGCUGCGGGACCUCUGCGACCCCUUCCUUGCCCUCUGCCGUGAGGUCAUGCCGCCGGUCUUCGGGCGCAAGCUCGACCUCAGCCCGCUCGUCGCGUUCAUGGCCAUCGACAUCAUCAUCAUGAUCCUGCGCCCGCAGCCACGCAUGUGAUGACUCUUCAUGGCGGUGGUGAUGGAUGUAACUUGACGGUCGACGACGGGGUCGGGACUAAACGGGAUGCUUGGUGCAAGACAAUCAAGGAGGCCAAACGAAGUCAAAGGUGAUCCUAGUAGUACAUGUGGAGGUCAAGCAAAGUAUGGGAGAUGGAUAAAAUCGACGUGUUGACAAAGUCAAACGAAAGAGAUGCUGGUGCAAGUGACAAUACGACCCGAGGGAUUGGGAGCAGGAGAGACUUUUCGGUUGUCAAGAUUGCAAGACGGGGUCUACGUGGUAUCAUCGUGAAGCUUGCGUCGAGGCGUAGCUAAGUUGUGAAGGCGGCGUGGUCGUUCGAUGGACGGAGCGAAAAAUGGAUCAAAAUGCCUUAGUGAUAGGUAGGAGACCAUUGUAAGCGAGAGGUAUUUUACGAACAAGGAAACUUGGCAUCGAAGAAAGAUCCUAAGGCCUAUAAAUAGAGGGGUAUGACCGUUGGGAGAGCAUGACCCAACCAUUAGAGAGUCGUGUGGUUGAGUUUUUUAGAGGGAGAGAUGAGAGUUUAACCUUUGUAAUAGGUGAGAGCUUUUUGUGAGAAAAAUACUUUGUAAUCUACCUAAAAUAGAUUUUA